AUGCGCGCCGAAGCGGGGAAGCGUCGGGCGUCUGUCGUGGUAGGCGAUCAGCGCGGCGCCGACGAAGCUGACUCCCUGACCUUCGAAACAGCAACGAAAGCUGGUGGUGUUACCUCAAAGGCGAACACCGUAGGCUCGUCUGUUUCCGAUCGCCAGACUUGCCAGCGACCUGCACCGGAGAGCGCCUCUGAGCACCUGAGCGUCCAGAUGCUACGCGAGCACCUGAGCUUGAGCCCCACGGCGGCGGACGCCACGGAAGAUGCCCUUACGUGGCAACGCUGCGAGGCGAACUGCAUGGACACGGAGCCAGUCACUGGAGCGCACGCCCGUUCCUGGGAUGCACCGGACAUUUUUGCGUCCGCUGUGAAAGGACACGUCACCAGAAAACGUUAUGAAGAGGCGCAGCGUCGACUAUGCUCCAUACCAGACCUGGUGGCGGCUACGCCCAUGCUCCAGCGGCGCCUCGCGGCACUGGUGGAUCCUAGUGCCGGGGACGUUGCCGCCUCGGCGCCUUUUCGUUACGGAGAGCGCGACCUGCUCCUGCAGCGCGGUCUGUGCUUCGCUCGAGCUCUCGUUACCAAGGCCGAUGUUCUGCUUGCUUGUAUCGAUUCCGUUGACGAGGAGCAGCUUCACCUGGAGAUCGUUGCGGCCUACACUUGUGCGCACAUUCUGCAGGCACAGGCGCGACAGGAGCAGCACAAUGUGCAGCUGGCACAGCGGCCGGGUGCGUCUGUCGUCGACGACGACUGGGAUCAGUACCGUGACCGGGGCCUCAGUCGCGCUCGAGUGCUUGUCUUUGCGCCAACCCGGCAGGUAGCGUAUGCGUUCCUGUCUGCGGUGCUCAGAUACCUGAACCCACGGCAGAUCGGGCACGCGCAGCGCUUUGAGGGAGCAUUCGGACCCGACGCAGACGAUGGGACUGUCUCCGAAGAGCCGAACACUUUACUGGUGCCGCCUACGGAACCGGUGCCUGAUCCAGGUGCAGAUACCAGCCGCGCUCGACAUUGGCGUGCAAAACCUCGCGACCACCGAGCCGCAUUCAAAGGCAAUAUCGAUGAUGACUUUCGUCUGGGGGUUCGCGUUGAGCGCCGAUCCCUCCACUUUUUCGCGGAUUUCGCGGACUCUGACUUUGUGGUUGUGUCCCCGCUGGGCCUCCAGCGUGUGCUCGACGAUCCCGACAAGGGCGGCAUGCGAGGCGGUGCAGCAGAUCCACUUUCCAGUAUUGAAAUCGCGGUGAUUUUACGGUCGCAUAUGAUGCUCAUGCAGAACUGGGACCAUUUGCUGCGCGUUGUGCGAGAGGCCGUGAACAGAAUGCCGGCUCAGGUGCCGCAAAAGACAGACUUUUCACGAGUGGAGCAGCGCUUUCUUGAAGACCACGCUGCGGCCUACCGCCAGGAUAUUCUCUUGUCGGCAUUUGAUUUUCCCGAAUGCCAUGCAUGGUUCCGUCUAGCGCGAAGAGAUCACCAAGGUAAUGUAAGUGGCGUGCUAAAACUACUUCGAACACGGCACGCUGGGGUGAUCGCGGAUAUUCCAGCACCCAGACGAGUCCGUCAUGUGUUCCGCCGGCUCGCGACACCGCACGGCACCGGGUCGGGACGCGAAGGCGCUGCAACGAACACACUUUCGGCGGUGGAGGCGGCAGAGCUGCGAUUUGCUGCGUUUUCCCACGACUGGUUACCGAAACUUGUCCAGAGUACGCACACGCACAUUCUAAUCUACAUUCCCUCGUAUUUCGAUUUUGUGCGGGUGCGCAACCUCUUCCGCAAAUGGACAGAGCAAGCGGUCUACCCGGCCUCGAAACUCAGUUUCGCAGCCUGCUCCGAGUACAGCAAACCUCAGGAUAUCAGUCGCUAUCGCCUGCUUUUCUUCGAAGGGCGCGUACGCUUCCUCCUCGUUACCGAGCGUUUCCAUUUCUAUCGCCGCUAUCAUCUUCGAGGCUCCCAGUACAUCUUCUUCUACGGAGUUCCUCAAUUCCCCCAGUUCUACACCGAGCUCGUUGCGAGUUUAGAAGCCUCUGGGUCGAGUUUCCGACAAGCAUGCACGCUGUUCAUCAUGCCAGAUGAUGCCCUGGCGUUGCACCGCAUUGUCGGAUCACAGCGCAUGGCAUACAUCACCGCGAAUCAACUGCGUCGCGAGUUCGAGUUUCCGGCACCAGUUUCUUUCGGUGCACGCGUUUGCGAUUAG